UAAAUUGAAAGUAUAAAAAACAGUUUCAGUAAGUUUUACAAGAAAGAAGUAUUUUCCAAAUACUCUUUUAUGUGUUUGGGUGUAAUUCAAGUUAUUUGUGCUUUGCAAGUAAUCACCCCACAUCAUAACAUCCAAUUUUUUAGAAACUUGAUCACUUUUUGAGAAAUUUUGUUGUUAGAGCUUUAUGUGUUUAUUUGGAAAAUACACUUAUGAAUAUUACUAAAACUAGUUUAUAUUGCUUACUUUGACCUUGUGAUUAGCUAUUGGUUUGUUUUGGAGUGUUGUUUUGAGUGAUCACAGGUUAUUAAGAAAGAGCUGUUACACUCUUCGAAGGGACUUGGAUACACCUGUUUGCAAUGGUUGUUUGGCUUUGCGCUCGCUGCUGUGCCUUCACUGGAGCAGUUGUUAUCGUGAUGACGUUUUUGAUUGUUUUGGCCUCCCUGUGUUGUAGAAGAGCCGCCCAGAGUGCUAAGAAGGCUAAGAAGAAGCUCCCUAGGAGUUCUAGGAAGAAAAGGAGUGGAGAUGAUGUUACGGAGACACAUAGUCUAAAUACGGACAUUGCCAUGGAACUACCUGAGAAGGAGAAGGCUCCAACUACUUCUUCCACAUCUGAGACAUCCCCCCCACUGGCUGAAGACGUCCCUGACACAAGAGCUCAGGUGGGGAUAACCUCUGCGCAAGAGACCCCCCAGGUGUUCGACAAAAUGCCUGAACCAGAGAUGGUUGCUGCCAAACCUGUUACGUUUGGUGACCUUUUCAAGGGCAAUAGGGACACUGACCAAGGUAUGAUUCUGAAGCAAUAUGAUGUUGGUGAAGGUGUUCUGCAUAUCCCGGAUUCAAUUAUCAAACCUGUUGAGGAGUUGUGGGGUUUCUGCCUUGUGGGCUGCUUUACUGGACGUUUCCCUGGCCUCAAGGCAGUGGAUGCUAUUGUCAAAAGAUGGAAUGUACCUUGUAGAAUCAUUCCCCAUUGUAAGGGCUGGGUUAUUCUGAAGUUUGAGAAUGAUAGUGAUAGAUUGGAUGUGCUGGGCAGGGAAAGGGACAAAGCUUAUGGGAAGGAGUUUAGACUCAAAAUCCCUUCUCAUGGUUUCAUGUUUGAUUUCGCUGAGUUCACCACUCUAUCUGUCUGGGUUCAGCUACACAAUGUUCCACUGCAGUUAUGGUCCGAAGAAGGAAUUGGAAUGCUGGCCUCAAAAGUUGGAAAGCCUUUGAGAACUGACCUGGUUACUAAGCAGCAAGGCAAGGGUGGAUUCUGUAGAGUGCUUGUUGAGGUUGACAUCUCAAAACAGCCUAUGACUCACUUUGAGGUAGCUUGUAUGGGUAAGACUUACACACAAACAGUGGUGUUUGAGGAAGACCCCAAAUACUGCUUUCAUUGCAAAACCUGGAACCAUGGCCCCUUCUACUGCAAAGCCUUAGAACUGGUUAGGAAGAAGGAGCUGGCAGGCUUGGAGGCUACAAAUAAGGUUGGUAUGGAUAAGCCAAAGGAGCAUAAAGAACCCCCUGGAAAGGCUGGAGCUAGGGACUGUGUACCUACUGGGAAAAAUCCACAUGUUGAACCUAAAGGGGGCUUGAUUCCUUCUUCUUCCAACAACAAGGAGAAGGCUAAAGAACCCACUCCCAAGGCCUGGUUGUUGACAACAUGGUUGGAAAGGGUGUUGAUUUACAAAAGAAGAAGAGCAAUGAGAGAUAGCAAUGAGAGAGUGAACUGUAUGAGCCAAGGAGCUUAUUAUAUGACUGAUCUACAAGGUUUCAAGUCUUUUAACUGCUUAGAAGAUGUUCCUUCUACUGGAAAUUUCUUCACUUGGCAUAAAGGGAACAAACUUGCAAAACUGGAUAGAGUCCUUGCUAACCAAUCCUGGGGAGACAUUGGUUUGGCUCCAACAUGUGAAUUUUUGGAUUUCAAUUUCCUCUCUGAUCACUGCCCCACCCUUUUUCAGUGUGGUGCACCCCCUGGUAACAGGUUCAGGCCUUUCAGAUUCUUCAAUAUGUGGCUAAAGCAUGAGGGCUUCAAUGGGUUGAUCUCCCAGUCUUGGGAGGCAGGUGUGGUUGGCUCUAAGCAAUUCUCCUUAUGCUCCAAGCUUAAACGCCUCAAACCUCCCUUAAAAGCCCUCAACAGGCAGGCUUUUGGUCAUAUUUCUAGAAGAGCUAUGGAAGCUAAGGAAGAGUAUGGAUUGGUGAUGAAGCAGUUGGUCCUUGACCCUAAUAAUCAAACCCUUCUUGAUGAUGCUGAUAUCAAAAGGAAGAGAGCUAACUUCCUCCUUGAUGCUGAAUUGGCCUUCUAUCAACAAAACGCCAAAUGUGAUUUUCUUAUGAAUUCUGAUAGAUGCACCAGUUACUUUCACUCCAUUGUUAAGAAGAACAGAAGGAAAAACACUGUUGGGUUCUUGGUUAGAGAGGAUGGAUCUAAAACUACCUCUAAGGAUGAGGUGGCUAAUAUCUUUGUGGACUUUUUUACUACACUCUUUGGCACUACUUCCCCAGUUGAACCCAUUGAGCUGGAGAUUUUGACUACUGGAACCAGAGUUCCUUCAUCUGCCCAGUCCUCUCUCCUUGCUUCUGUUACACCUGAGGAGGUGAGGGAGGCAGUCUUUGACAUUGGUAAUGACAAGGCUCCAGGCCCUGAUGGCUAUACUGCAGCUUUCUUCAAAGAUCAGUGGGCUGUUGUGGGUAGGGAUAUCUAUGAAGCUGUGUUGGAAUUCUUCACCUCAGGGAAAUUAUUGAGACAAAUUAAUCAUGCUAUGAUUGUUCUCAUUCCUAAAUCUUCCCAUAAUCCAACUAUUAAAGACUUUAGGCCUAUUGCCUGCCUCAAUGUACUUUACAAAGUCAUCACCAAGAUCUUGGCUAAGCGUAUGGCUCCCUUACUCCCUGAUUUGAUUGACCCUGCACAAGGGGCCUUUGUCCCAGGGAGAUCUCUUGUGGACAAUUUCCUCCUUGCUCAACACCUUAUCAGGGAUUAUGCUAUUAAGAGGUCCACACCUAGCUGUUUGAUCAAAUUGGAUAUCACCAAGGCUUAUGAUACUGUCUCUUGGAGUUUUUUGCAGGAUGUGAUGCAUGGCGUGGGCUUAGACAAGGGGAUCCCAUGGCACCUACCCUUUUCCUCUUUUGUAUUGAGUACUUCUCUAGGUUACUCAACAAAAGGGCUAAAGAAGGUGGCUUCAACUAUCACAGGCUGUGCAGCACUUGGGAUUACGCACUUGGCUUUUGCAGAUGAUCUUAUGUUGUUCUCUAGAGGAGAUGUCCAUUCUGUGCAGGUUUUAAUGGAUGCUUUGGACCACUUUUCAAGGGUCUCUGGCCUAACCCUUAAUCCUACCAAGUCCAACAUCUUCCUUGCUGGUAAAUACAGGGAUGUUAGCCAAAAUAUUCUGGAUCCUGCCUCCUUUCCUCAUGGUCAGCUUCCUGUUAGAUAUCUGGGUCUCCCUUUGGCCUCUCAAAGGAUCUCUGAGAGUGAUUUUGCCCCUUUGUUCAAAACUGUUGAUGGUUUUCUGUCUAAAUGGAGCACCUUGAAGUUAUCCUACGCUGGCAGACUGGAACUAAUUAGAGCAGUGGUACAGGGAGUCCAAUCCUUCUGGCUCCAGGCCUUCCCUGUCCAGAAGUAUGUGCUUGACCGUAUCACCUCCAUGUGUAGAGGCUUCCUUUGGGGCAGCAAAUUUUCCAAGGUCGCCUGGGUUGAUAUUUGCAAGCCAAGGGUUGAAGGUGGACUGGGUUUGAAGGAUGCCAAUACCUGGAAUAAUGCCUUGUUGUGCAAACUUCUGUGGAACUUGGCAGCAAAGAAGGACACCCUUUGGGUCAAAUGGGUUCACAAUGUUUACAUUCAGGGUGAGAACCUGUGGCAGUGGCAACCCAAGAAGAGACACUCUGUCUUCUUCAAAAGGCUUGCCUACGUGAGAGAGCUUCUGGUCCAAAAGCUUGGUGACCAUUAUCCUUCUAUGGAAGAGGCUAUGAAACCCUUUUGCUUGGCAGGUAACCUCAUUCCAAGAAAGGUUUAUGAUUUGUUUAGGGUUAAAGCCAACCCGAAGCCUUGGAUGGCUUUCAUCUGGCAAAGUUAUAUUCCCCUAAGUGUUCCUUUACGAUGUGGCUGGCACUUAGGAGGAGGCUGCCCACCAAAGCAAACUUGGAAUUCCUCGGUUUACCUAUGGACUGCACUUUUUGUGGACAUGGGUUGGAAGAUGUGGACCACCUGUUCUUUAGCUGCCAGUUCUCUAAAGAAGUUUGGGAUAAUAUCAAGACUUGGCUAGGUAUGGAAGGACACCUGAGUACCCUCACCAGAGUCAUCAGAUGGCUGAAGGCAUUUAGGCGAGGGGAUAUGAUUCUCAAGAAGGCAAGAAGGAUUGCUUUUGCCUGCACUGUUUUCCACCUUUGGAAGCUACGUAAUGCUGCCCACUUUGAGCGUGAACCUCUCUCUAUUGAGGCUGUGACUUCUAAAAUCAAGGUUAUGGUUUAUU